AUCAAUCCACUCAGAAGGGAGGUUAGGAGUGCUGCUGUUCACAGAUGGCUCCGAAUGGGUAUCUCUUGGGAGCCCUGAACCUGAAUUUUGUGAAAUAAUAGAGGCUCCCAAGGGGAAGUUUGACCACAACUGCUGCAAGUGACUACCUGGCUUGAAGUACGAUGCCCACAGAUGCUGACCCCUCAACCUUAGUGAAAGUGCUCCACCUGGUUUUCCUUUCGACUUUCUGGGGAAUGCAGAUAUGGGUCACUUUUAUAUCCAGUUUUGCGAUGGGCAAUAAUCUCUCACGACACACAUUCAGAUUCAUUCAGAGUUUCCUCUUCCCCUAUUACUUCCACAUUGGCUCAGCUUGUGCUUUCAUCAACCUGACGAUAUUUGCUAUGUGUCAUCCCAGCGAGCUUCUGAACGAGGAAGAAACCAUGCAGAUUACAGUCUUCUUCAUUUGCGUCACAGUGGCCGCUCUAAAUGCUCAGUGGUUUGGGCAAGUGACUUCGGACAUUAUGGCUGAAAUGCAUCUGAUUGAGCAAAGUUAUGGCUUAGGAGGGGAUGUUGGGUUGUUCUCAAACAAGUCCUUUAUACGGCUGCGUCAAUUGGAUUCUAGUUACAAGGAGCUGACAAACAGACUGAGCAUCUACCACGGCUUCUCUUCCUUUUGCAACCUGUGCUGCAUUGCAUGCAAUGGCUUGAGUCUCUACUAUAUGGCUGCUCACCUAUCAGCACUAUAAUCACAAGGGUAAAUAACCCAAGCGAUAACUCAGGCUUUGCAUUGGCAUGUUUGAGAAAAUAUAGACUACAAUGACUGGUUGAAGCCAUGCUGUGAGCUGCUCUGGAGCUGUCUCCCACAGAAGACUCACAGGCUGUUGAGUCCCCAUGUUACCUAUUUUGCAUGCCAGAAAAUCUCUUGAGCAAUUAUUGGGCUAGUGGUCAAUGCACUAGCUUGACUUUUCAGACCUCUGAGCUCCUCUCAGAACAUAAAUAUUGAGAAGACUAUUUGGUCAGACAGUUUUGAGAGGUUGAUGUACCUAGAACAAUUUACUACUACCAAAAUAUUUACUCCCAUCAAGUGCCAAUCUUGUUUUGCUUUUUAACUUCCUAAGUCAGGGUAGGCAACAUGCAUCCAUGCUGCCACCAUGAAGAUGUCUGUAGUAUCAGAGAAACUCAACUAAUGCUGCAAAAAUUACCAAGUCUAAAAACCUGCUGGUCUUGUAAAACACUUCAAAAAUCAAGCUAUACAGAAGUAUGGAGUCUUGGCAUUGGUAGAGUCUGAAGAUUCAUAUUUGAUAUAUUGUGACUCUAGUUCAGGAAUGCAGAACCUGGUUCUGGCCAGGGGCCAAAUUCCAUUCCGAAGAUCUCAAGGGUUGCAUUCCAGUGGUGAAUGGGGCCAAAGGUAUAAGGGCUGAAGCCAAAACUUACCAGCUUACUUUAGCUUAAAGCUCUACUACAGUAACUAAGACUUAAAAGAGGCUUUUCACCCUUUUAGAAUGGGAGGGAAACAAUACAAACGCCAGGAAACCAUCAGAUGAUUGGGGAAAAGGGCAUGUGGCCAUCUGGGGAACCCCAAAGGCGAGUUUGGCCCCCCAGGCAAACCAGAUUGGGACGCCAGCCUGGAGUUUCUGCACCCAUGCUCAAGAAUCAGGUUGGUUUGCAAUUAUAGCAGGGAGGGAGAUGGGGCUGAAGUCACAAAAUGAAGCCACGGAGUAGACAUAAGAAAUGCACUUCCAAAAAUUAUAUUUUAAUUCAGAACAUAUUAAAUGUGCUGGACUGCACACCUUUUUUAAAAAAAAUAGUUCUCUACCCCCAUAGGUUAGUUUGAUCUGAGCACAGCAAAAAGCCAGUAAAACGGCAAAGCUCUCAACAAAGAGCUCCACAUUCCUUUGUUGAAGAGCACAAGACAGUAGUGAAAAAACUACAGCCAUGCUUUAAUCUCUGCUGCUGUUGCAAGCAGACAGACAAUCUGAUCUUUUGAUCUGCAUGAAGCUGCUGGACAGUAAGAACAGGAGGGCAGGCAACUAGGGGAACACACACAUCCCAAACCUUUUUAACCCAGAACUGUUAGCUCCAGCUGUAGCUUUGGAUAGAAGUGGAGCAGGUGUUCCCCAAAACCCAAAUAUGAUGAAUUUAUGGCAUGUAUCAUAGUUCAUUGCCCCAGUUGGUCUUCAAGUGGAAGUUUUACAUUGUUCUGAUUUUAUCUGUACACCGCGCUGAGAUCCCAGUGAUAUACAAAUGUUUUAAUAAUAAGUCUCAAUGAAAUUAACACUUUAUAGCAACUUGUGUACUUUGGGAACUAACUUGAUC